GUGUUGAUUUUGGGCGCAGAAACACCUCCAAUAUCUUUGUUAAAAACUGCUGCUUCCCAUACAAAGGUUUUAAACAUCUAUGGCCCCACGGAAGCAACUAUCUGGGCUACAAUAUGGUCAUGUCCGGUAGAUUUUGCUAAUCCUUGGGUACCCAUCGGUCGUCCGCUGUCUAACGUACGGAUAUACCUAUUGGAUUCAAAAGGUGAGCCAGUACCAUUGGGAGCCGAAGGAGAACUGUAUAUUGGUGGCGCUGGUGUAGCCCGUGGCUAUCUCAACCGACCUGCCCUUACUGCAGAAUGCUUUUUGCCUGAUCCAUUCAAUGAGAAUCCAGCAGCACGUAUGUACCGUACCGGUGAUCGAGCACGCUAUCUACCUGACGGCAAUUUAGUUUAUAUGGGACGCACCGACCAUCAGAUAAAAAUCCGCGGUUUUAGAAUUGAGCCUGGUGAAAUAGAGGCACAAUUAGUUGAGCAUCCUUCGGUGCGUGAAGCGGUUGUUUUAUCAUUGAAAAACAAGCAUGAUUCUGAUGCCCAAUUAGUCGCCUAUGUAGUGGCAGACGCAGACACAUUGUUGGCUCAGAAUCUACGAAAUUAUCUAUCGUCGUUACUGCCUGAUUACAUGGUGCCGGUGGCUUAUAUUUGUCUAUCGUCUUUACCACUAACACCCAAUGGCAAAUUAGACCGACGUGCGCUUCCAGCACCGGACGGUGAAGCAUUUGCUCGUCAAUUAUAUGAAGAACCGCGGGGUGAGAUGGAAGAAAAACUGGCAGAAAUCUGGAGUGAACUGCUGGGUAUUGAACGUAUUAGUCGACACGAUAAUUUUUUCGCACUUGGUGGCCAUUCUUUGCUGAUUAUACGAAUGCUAACACAAUUGCGGAAUAUCGGAUUGGAUACCAGUGUCAGAGAAAUAUUUGAUACUCCCUCAUUAGCCGCACUAGCUGAGACUCUGGGCAAACACCAGUCGUUCA